GUCCAUGUCGGGGCGGUGCGCCGCCGCCAUGUUUUUUGCCGGACGCGCAUGGGCCUGCUUGCCGUACAGCAGGGGCCGGCCUCCGAAGCAGUAGGGCGCGCGCCCCUUGGGUUGGGCCUGCUUCGGCCCAAGCCAACGCCCCCCAAGUUGGGGGCAAUGAGGG